GACGCGACCGACCCGCCGAUCGACCGAGCAGCGGGCACAAACAUCACACGCUCCUCACGGCCGCACCAAACCGGACCUCCCUCUCGAACGAGCCUCUCCCUCCGCCCGUCGUCCGCCAGCGCGGAUGUCGUCGUCGUCGUCGCGCCGCCGCCCGCCGCCGCCGCCGCCGGCGUGGACGCCCGAGCCGUGGAGCGACGGGGAGACGUCCGCGCUGCUCGACGCGUGGGGCCCGCGCCACCUCCGCGCGCGCGGCGGCGCGCUCCGUCCCGCCGACUGGCGGGCCUGCGCCGACGCCGUCACCUCCCGCCGCGCCGCGGCCGGCCGGGCCCCGCGCACCGUCGACCAGUGCAAGAACCGCCUGGAUUACCUCAAGAAGCGCCUCAGGGCCGAGCGCUCCAGGCCCAAGGGGGCCCCGCCGACGCCCCCGCCGGUCUCGGGCUGGCUCGACCGCCUCCGCGCGCUGCUGCACCUCGCCCCCUCCGCGCCUCCAGGGUUCGCGCACCGUCUCCGCGCCAAAACGACGAAGGUUCAGGUGAAGGAGGAUGACGACGAGAAGGCGAGCGGCGGGGCUCCUCUGCCCCGCUGCUGGCCGCCGGUGCCGAAGCGGCCGAGGACGGCGGUGGCGCUGUCGCCGUUGAGCGCCGCGUCCGGGGACCACCCUGGAGGCGGCGGGAAGAGCUGCACGGGAGUGGCGGCGGCUCUGGAUAGGCUUGCCGGGACGUACGAGCGGGUGGAGGCGGCGAAGCAGAGGGAGGCGACGCGGCUGGAGGAGCGGCGCCUCGAGGCGAUGCGUGAUCUCGAGAUCGAGCGUAUGCGGCUCCUCGUCGACGUCGCCGUCACCGCCUCCGUCGGUGUCGAUGGCGCCGCCGCCGCCGCCGCUGCCACAACCGCCGGCGGCGACUUCUAGUUGAGGGACUUGGAUCACAGGCUGGCCAAGGUAGCCAAUUCCAGCCUAUUUUUUUUUCUCAAAGAGACGCCGAUCGCAUCAUGGAGAUACAAGCCACUUGAUGUGAUGUUCUUCUGAAAAGUUCAAUCGGUUUAGGUUACAGGAAAAGCUUAGCCAGAUAUAGGAUAGCACAUGGUGAGAUUUUUUAAGUUCACUAAUUGCGGGUCUGCAGCAACUGAAAAGGGGAGAGGCUUAAUAGCCUGAAAAGUGUCUCUGUUAAUUUUAGCUAUUCAGGCUUCACUUUGGUAACUAGCGCUGUAAUCCCUCUUGGUUUACAGCUGUUCGGCUGCUCAGUUGCGAGACGUUCUGAUCAUCCAGUACAUAUGAUAUCUUGGAUGCUUUGUCUGAUGCUAUAUAUGUUGCUCUGCCUAUGAUCAUCACUCUGCUAAUGAUUGCGUGCUUUCUA